AUGGCUAAUGAAACUCAAUUCCAUACACCUUCAACAAUUCAAAAUGAAGCACAUUCAGUGAGAAACCUAGGAACUAAUGGGAAUGAACAUGGAAAUGGUACUGGUAAUAGAUAUGCAGAUUUGCCAAAUUAUCCAUCAAACAGGCGUGAAUUGACCGUCAAAGAUAUUGCAGAUAUAGAUGAUCCAAUUGAAUUGUUGGAAAAACUUACAAACACAAAAUGGGACUCAUCUCGCAAUCACGAGAUUCCUAAAUCUACCAGCACAAAUGCACAAUUCGCGACCCUUUUGAAAGCUGCCGAUACGGCUGGAGGGGUAACUGGCAUGCGAUCAGGCACACCAUCAAGCAAUAAUGGCAACGGACAAAGUACUCGAGGUUCACCAAGCAAUGCAUCCUCAAAACGUCGCAGAGAUGAAUCAGAAGAUGCAGCAGAGGAAGUGGGCGAAAUGUUUGGUUUUAUAAAUGCUAAAUCUAGACCAAGAAAAGUGCGAAAACUCACAGAGGAAGAGGAAGAGGAAGCUGCGAGAGAACGAGAAAUAUGGGGGUCGGAACCUUCUGAUAUCGAGGAAGAGGAUGAAGAUGUUGAGGGAGAAGGUGAGGGUGAUGACAACGAUUCUCGAGCUAAAUCGUCGACAAUUCCUGAUCUCAACCCAAGAGCGCAUGGUGUUUAUUCAGCUGCAGCACUUUUCCGAAAAUCAACAGCAACUAACAGAAAAUACGCCAGACCGGCAAUGUCGAAGCUUUUCGCAAAGUUGGAGUUGGCACCUGAAGACUUCAUCACGCUACAAGCUGCAGCCAAGGACUACAUGUUAGAUCCGAGUCACCCAGAUCGAAGCGCAUGUGUCGGUACUAAAGAAAAAAGAGAUAAUGAUAUGACAAAGCUGAAGCUCUAUGCAUGUGUCAGAAAUUUCUUAGCCGACGAGGCAGAAGGGGGAGAGGGAUGGGGCCAAAAACUUUUCAGUAAAGAUUCUCCAAGUGGUGCUACAAGGAAGUGCAUGUGGCCUCAAAUGCCGAAUAGGAUCAUUACUAGAAUUACCCCUUUAUUGCGUCGCAUGGUCACCAAUGAGAGACAGCGACUAUAUGCCCUUAACCUAAGAAUCCAAAAAAAGAAAGAGGAAGAGCUUUCCCAAUUACACGCUGCGGCGUUUUCUCACGGCACUCCGGCAUCCAGCCCCUCAACAAUUGAUCCCAAACUCAGUUUGCCUAAUCAAAUUGCAUCCAGUCAAGCCGUAGCAGCCAAUGCCACCGCUAAUGGAGUAAAUGAGCCACAAAUAGCUAAAACCCCAAACAUUAAUGCCAAGCAGCCAGCACCACUUGAGUAUCAUAUCAAUAUUGUUCAUAAUGGCAAACGUAUCAGGGAUAUGUUUACCUUAAAUCCCACGAACUGUGUAGGUUUUGUCAGCUUUACUGCACAUGUUGACGCUGCAGUAAAAGCACCUUAUAAGAAGACAGUUAUGAAGGUUUUAGGUCCCAAUGGCUUGGUCGAGAUUAAGUCGGAAGCAACGUAUGCCAUGGCUCUAUUAUCAGUCAGAAAGACAGAGUGGAUGGAUGGAGAUGUUAAAAUAGUCGUUGAGACGGAAAAAAUUCAGUGA